AUGAGAUUAUUUACCAUUGCCUGGCAGUUCCUCUCCGGGACGAAGAAGGACUCAAAAUCCAAGCCUCCUUAUCUUCUUUCGAUCCGAUCAUCUACGACUCUGAUAGUACUAACCGUGGGCUUGGCUAUCUUCACCGAUAUCUUCUACUAUGCCUUGAUUGUUCCGGUCAUCCCCUUUUCGCUCACCGUUCAAGUUGGAAUCGCUGAGGAUCAAGUGCAACACUGGACAUCGAUUCUUUUAGCUUGCUAUAGUGUAGCUUUACUCAUCGGUAGUCCCAUUGCUGGAAUAUAUGCCGAUCACACGUCGUCGCGACGAUGGCCUUUGCUGAUCGGACUAAUCGCACUUGCUGCGUCAACUCUAUUGCUAUGUUUCGGUAACUCGAUAGGCCUCCUGGUCUUGGGCCGAAUUCUUCAAGGUUUUAGUGCAUCUAUCGUCUGGAGUGUAGGAUGUGCAUUGCUCGUCGAUACUAUGAAGAGCGCGGUAGGAGUUGCUAUGGGGUACGUCGGCGUAGCGAUGAGUGUCGGACUGCUUAUUGCUCCCGUGAUCGGCGGUUCGGUCUACGCUGCAGCAGGCUAUUAUGCUGUUUACUAUAUUGCAUUUGGCGUCGUUGCGGUAGAUAUCCUACUACGACUGCUGAUGAUCGAGAAGAAGGUUGCUAAGCAAUGGAUAAAAGAGGAUGAGACGCCUAGUCCUUCAGAAGAAGGGACAGAUCAGGUCGACAUAGAGACGGGCAACUCACUCAUAACGCCAAGUAUCGAUGGCCGCACGGAUUCCAUUGAAGCAAGCGGAAUACACAAUCUUGCAGAGCCGGAUCCAAGAGAUAAGAGCCAGCUUCAAGAUAAUCAUAAUAAUGAAGAAAAACGGAUCGAAACAGCGGAUAUACUAAACCAAGACUCGGCGAUUCCCCCGGAAACUAUUAGCAUAUGGCGUACUUCUAAAAGCCUUUUGAAAUCCACGAGGCUAUUUGCCGCACUAUAUUGUCUCGUCGUCGAGUCUGGCAUCAUGAUGGGAUUUGAUGCUACAUUAGCUUUGUUCGUCCAGCGCACCUUUGGUUGGAAUUCCACAGCUGCCGGAAUUCUAUUUCUAGCAGUAUUUCUCCCGGGUUUCAUCUCACCGUUGGUUGGUUGGCUCGCGGAUAAGUAUGGUGCUAGGUGGCCGUGUUUCUUUGGGUUCUGUUUUUUAAUUCCGUUACUUGUAUGUCUACGUUUUGUCACGCAGAACACCAUUCAGCAUAAGGUACUUCUCUGCUUCUUGCUUGCCCUGUUAGGCAUCGCACUAGCAUUCGCAAAUGUUCCUCUUAUGGCCGAGAUCACCUACGUUAUCGAGGCGAAAGUCGCUAAGCAACCAGGAAUAUUUGGAGAGAAAGGUGUUUACGGACUCGGUUAUGGGCUUUUUAACGUGGCGUUUUCUCUUGGAGGAGUUGCAUGGCUAACCCCGAUGAGUACACUGUCGGCUGGAUUUGCGCCUUGCAGGAAGAGUACGAAGCCGCAUGCCGUAUGCUUGACGACGAGUUCGAAGGUCCUGAUGUGGCCAACGAAAAUGACAACAAUACCUACGUGCUUGGUCGCAUUCAUGAACAUAAUGUGGGUAAUUGGAUGUCUCCCACAUGGCCGAUAUGGUAUUAGUUCUGCUGCUACUGUUGCUAAGGAUAUGAUUCGAUCUUUUCCUUCUUUGAAAUUCGCUUUAAUGGUAGGCAUUGGCGGAGGUGCUCCAACACCAAAGAGAGACAUACGCCUUGGCGAUGUGGUUGUCAGUGUACCACAAGGUAGAUUAGGAGGUGUCAUACAGUAUGAUUUUGGGAAAAGGUUAUCAAGAGGCCGGUUCCAACAAACCGGCCAAAUGAACUCCCCCCCAGAGGUGCUAUUAGGGGCAAUUCCCGAGAUGCAGCGUCGACAUAACGACCCCAGGAAGCCAGAUAAACUGGCUGAACAUAUUAAGAUAAUGGAUGAUAUGCUUGAAUAUCAGCGCCCUGAUGAAGAUCGACUAUACCGCGCAAAUUACAAGCACCAGGGUGGAAUCACAUGCGAAAAGUGUCUAGCAGAUGGACUCGAGCAGAGACUUCCCAGGGUGGCCAAACGAGCUGUUAAUGUCCAUUACGGUAUCAUCGCAUCCGCUAACUCGGUUAUGAAGAGCUCCGAAGUAAGAGACCAACUUGCUCAAGAUCCAGAGCUUAAAGUCUUAUGCUUUGAAAUGGAAGCUGCUGGCUUAAUGAACAACUUCCCUUGUUUAGUGAUCCGAGGAAUUUGUGAUUAUUCUGAUUCGCACAAAAACGAUGAGUGGCACAAAUAUGCGGCGCUCGCAGCGGCAGCAUACGCAAGGGAAUUUCUUCAUGUGCUAAAACCUCGAAAGAUCAAAAUUCUACCAUCUUGGGCAGGGAGAUUCGAGAAUAGUACGUAG